UCAUUGCAAUUGUUAUAGUAAGUAAUCCUACCAAAACUUCCAAAAUUUUAAAACUACACACUUUUAAUAUAUUUUUCUAAUUUUCAACGUUUUCCCGCAUCUAGAGUUUCUAUAACAUUUAAUUCACUAGUCCCAAUUCAUUAUACAUCAAGGCCAUAAAUAAAAAUGAAAAUUUCCUGUAUUUUAUUAUCAUUUAUCUGCGUAAAUGUUAUGGCUAAAAUAAGUAUAACAGAAUAUAUAAAUAUGGUUGAACUUCUGAACUUGCAAAUUCAAAAAGCUUCUGACAUUAACGACGAUAAAGGAAAUGGAUUGGAGCAUGCAAUUAAAAACAUUGUACAUACAAAUUGCAAUCCAAUGAGAUUUUUGUUUGACAUGUUCACUGUACCGGAACUUGCACUAACUGGCAACUUUGAAUUUCUACAAGGUUCAAUAAAUACACAAACACAUACUCUGCAACAGAAAUUAUUUAAGUUUUUAGGUAUUCCUAUAAUCUAUCCAAACCAAAGUUAUGAAAUUAUAGGAAAGACCACACGUAGAAAAACAAGAACUUAUCUUACUGGAAAAGCUUUAGACAAUUUACUUGACCAAAUAUAUGAUAUUCCUCCACUUGAUGAUGAAAACCAAACUGUUACUGUACAUGAUGAUAAAUACAAAAUAAUUUACAAAGCUACUCGUAGAGCAAUUAAUAAAUUGAACGAACUUGGAAAGGCGAGAAGAGUUCUUACUGGAAACGCUAUACGAAAUGUACUUACCCAAGCAUUAGCUGAACUGAUUUCGUAUGACAAGAUGCAUUCUGUUUAUAAAUUUUGUAUGUUGAUAUCAUUGUGGAUUAGUUCAAAAACGGCUUCAAUACUGUUAGUUUCUGUAGGUCAUGAAGAGAAUGAUAAUGAUACUUGUGUAGUACAUGAUGAGGACGGGAAUGCUGUAAAAUACAGAUCAUUUAAGGGUAUAUAUUGGCAAGUAAAUGUCAAUAAAACGGAUACUAAAAUAAAAGAAUUAAAUGUACAGCUACUCGACGAUUCCAGUAUCCCACGAUUUGAGAAAUCGAAAACCACCACAACAUUUUAG